GGCGAGCCGAGGUCGAAUCUAUUUCAAAGUCGUUUCUUGGCAUCAACAAUACAACUCUUACAACAUCGCCCAUCAGAACUAGCGACUCACAAUAUCGUCUCAAAUAUACUCGACUUAUAUCUCCCGAAGCUGUCUUGAUACGGACUACUCUGAACAGAGUCAAGCUCUAACAUCAGACUUCCCGUCGACUUCCCGACUUCGCCACCAUGCCCCUCAUGCUCUCUCCAACGCCAGAGCCACAGACAGCUUCCUCAUCAGCCUCACACCCUCACUCAAUACCCCCUCAGAUUCGCAUCAAGAACAGAAGAAAACUGUAUCUCGACAGAAAUCCAUCAUAUUUCACGUCACCUGACCUAGAACUCCUUGGUAGGUUCACGGGUCUGGCCUUUUCAAUUUGUAUUGAUGAAUUGAGCUAACGAAUUACAUUAGAUCCCCUUCUCUAUGACCAAUGUAUAAGGAAAUUCCAAACUGCAGCAGAGAGAGAAGCAGACGGCCGUCAAAAAGGGUAUUCCGGCGUGCUAGAAGCAGAUCUCUACCGCUCAGAAGCCAAACUCGCCGCCGUCCGUCAGAGUCAAAACGCACCCCCUUCAUGCUCACCCCAAAAUCCCCACCCAUCCACUCCAUCUACCUCCUCUCAGCCACCCAAUCCCCCAACAUCUCAAAAUCAAGACGAAACUCUUCCCUAUGUGAAUUAUGUAGGCACUCUCGACCCUGAAGACCCAAAAGACAGAGAAGAAGGCCUAGAAAGGUGGAAAUUUGAGAUGACGAUCCGCUUCUUGCAGGGCGGAGAUCCGGAUUUUGAGUAUGGGGCUGUGGAUGAGAGCGACGAGUGGGAUGUCAUUGAACGGACGGAGGAGGAGGAGGAGUGGUUUGAAGACGAGGAACCGAGUUUUGUGGGGGAGGAUGAGAAGGCGGGGGAGNCGAGUGGGAUGUCAUUGAACGGACGGAGGAGGAGGAGGAGUGGUUUGAAGACGAGGAACCGAGUUUUGUGGGGGAGGAUGAGAAGGCGGGGGAGGGGACGGGUGGGGAGACGGGGAUUCAGGAUUUUUGAGGGUCAAAAGGGAGAUGGAGUGAUUUGUUGUAUUAUGAGAAGAAGUGAUAUGAAAUUUUGAAUCUGAGGAGUUUGAGGAUGGGAUUUCUAUGACUUCAAUGUGAUGGGAUGCUAGGCAGUGGAGGGGGGUCAAAUAGGGCAAAUUAAUGAAAUCGAAUAAUAUGUUAAAUUGACCUAGUCUGUAGUCUGUACCUUGGUAAUUUGCAGACCAAAUAAUUCAAGCUAUGGCUCUAAUAACUGAUAGAGAAGAUAUAUAUAUCCUCACUAAGCAAUUUGAGUACCUAUACCUACCCACUGCUACCUACUAUAGGUACCCCCGAGGUCCGUACCUAUAUUUCCAUUACGUGACGAAAUAUAUCACGUGAUUAGUGAAAACGACGCUAAAUUGUAGCUCCGCAAAAUUUCUUCAAGACGUGGAUCUUCCACUCGACCUUUUCCAUUCCAAAACCAUCAGAACGCUUUAUUGCGUUUCCUGUCACCAUCCUCACAAUUGGCUUUCGAGAUGCCGCCCUUCGUGGCCUCUUCACUCUCGAGGUCCGUCCCUUGUGCGAAGCAGCUAUGUAGCGCAGCACCGUCGUCGCGUUCGUUUUCUACGACGCUCCGACAAGAGCAGAGGAUCACACGAGCGCGGAAAGGCCUUUUCAGAUGGCUGACAUCACAAGGAGAGGCUCUGCGGAAUCCGUUGCCACUAUCCACGAAUUACCUUGGGGCUUAUAAUAAAGAAGGCAAACUGAAGAGACUUGUCGAUCGUUCCCCCAACACCAACAACGAUAAAACAGACGGGGACGAAGGCAAGUCGCGAGGCAAAUUCGGAGAGAGAGAAUUGCCCCCAGAGACGCCAAGAGACAGAGUUCCAUAUCCCCUUAAUCCACAAUUCAUUAGCGAACCUGUCUUGAGCGAGCGCAUCCGCUACCAGAUAUGGCGACGGAUUAUGCUGGAGGGCAAGUCGGUCAGAGAGGUCAGUGUGGAGUUGCAGGUUGAGAUGGCUCGUGUGGGUGCUGUUGUCCGGCUGAGGGAGGUAGAGCUGGCUUGGAAGAAAAUUGUAAGUUGUCCAUCCUUUUCCUUGCUUUCUCGCGACUUCCUGAUGAUAUUAUAAAAAAAUCGAUUAGUCUUUAAGACAACUACAUGGUUACAAAAUUUACGCAUGCGAGCCUCUCUGAUAGUCCUCCAUUUCCUCCACUUUGACUUUGCGAUACUGUUAGAAGCUGUUGCUAACAGAACUUCCUGACAGGGGAAACCACUUGCGAUGCCAUACGCCCACGCGGUCAUGUCGAUGCUUCCUCAAACCCACUACUAUAGAAAUCAAGAUGGGUCAUUUAGACCCUUCGACAAUAAACGACCACACGAGUCGAUCAAUGAUUUACCUGUUCAUACUUCUACAGGACAACAAAUAUUCCACCCUACAUCCGAGUCGCGACAUUUCACUCGUGCUGAUGCUGCUAAGGUGUUCAACGAGAAGCUCUUACCUGCCGACGAGCGAAUACCACAUCCUGAUUUGGUGAUUCAACACCGAGAAUACCUGUCGGGUAUGUCCGAGGAGGAAAGAAGUGCAGCAAACGAUGAACGCGAGGCUGCUGUCGAGGCAAAGAGACAAAAGGCUGCCCAAAAACAAGCCUUUCUCGAGUCCAAGGUCAAGAAGGUAGAUCGAGGCCGAUGGGAAUUCAGGUUCACCGAAGUCAACGUCGAUGCCGCCGGCAAGGACGGAAGAGGAUACACUGGUAUUGGUUGGCGUUAUGGUGCGCCACUUGAUGACCGUGAUCGUGGAAAGAUUAAGAUACCACAGUCCGUUGCCUGAAAUAUGCAGAUGGGUGUGGGAUUAUUUGCGGUGUAUAAUAUUCA